GAGCAACACCGACACACUGCGCUGGAACUGUGCUGUGGGAGAGCAGCAUGUUGUAGUAUGCAGGUGCUUGUUUCAGUGUGCCUUUGCUUAAACAGGACCAGCUGUGUGAUUCCACCAAACAAAAGGGGACUACUAAGUGCUGGAAUAUUUCAAAACAGAUUAAGAAGUAGCCGCUCCUGGAUCACUCUGGAUUUAUUCUGGAUAUAAAGUCAGUGAUUUCAGAUCAGUGUGAUGUUUUGUCUUCAUGAAGAUAUUUUUUACUAGACUUUGCUUUGCCAUUGUUGACUUGUGACUCUGUGUGUUUCUCAUGGACUUAACAAAUCGUCACAGCCGAGCUGUCUGAGCUGGGGAUUCUGAGUGAGUACGGAACAAGCUCCCUACCUUUGGGGUAAAUACGCAAAGGGCAGGGGAUAAAGAAAGGAGGGGGAGGAGAGGAAGAAGCUUACGGGCUUGUCUCAUGUCUCUAGGGAGGACUGCAUUCACCCCAGUGUUUCUGCUGAAGAAUGCUAAGGGGAAGCGUUUAAAUGCUUGCAACCACAUGCUGCCCUGAAAGCAAAGACAUGAAAGACCUCUCAAUGUCCCUGGCAGCAUAAGCAUUUUGGUCAAAGACACUUUAAAGGAAUGCCUCUGUUUCCUUUUGCUUUGGUCCGACCAACCAUUCAUUCUGGAUCCUGCGUUAAGGGAAUUUCCUCGGGCGUUCAUCUGCUGUAUAAUUUGUUCCCAGCACAAUACCUUCCAUUCCUGUAGGGAUGCACAACAUCACCUUACAGAUGAACAGUACGACACCACAAUGGGGCAGCUUCCAAUCCAUCGCCUGGAACAUUUCAAACAAUUCGGACCAGGCUAAUCAAGGGUGCCCCAAGAACGAUGGAUUCAAGUAUCCUCUCUACAGUGCAGUGUUCAGUGUUGUCUUUGUGGUGGGACUCAUCAUGAAUGUAAUAGCCAUGUACAUUUUUUCCUGCACGCUUAAAGUCCGUAAUGAAACCACCACCUACAUGAUGAACCUAGUGGUGUCAGACCUGCUGUUUGUUCUCACGCUGCCGUUGCGUGUCUUUUAUUUCAUCCAACAGGACUGGCCGUUUGGUGAUGUGCUGUGCAAGCUGUCAGUCUCCAUGUUCUACACAAAUAUGUAUGGAAGCAUCCUUUUCCUCACAUGCAUCAGCGUGGACCGGUUCCUGGCCAUCGUUUACCCUCUCCGUUCACGGGAACUUCGGACCAAGCGCAAUGCUAAGAUAGUAUGCGUAGCAGUUUGGGUACUGGUGCUAUCGGGUAGUCUGCCAACAGGCUUCUUGCUGCACUCUACCCCUCGCCAAGCCAACUCCACUGCCCAGUUCUGCUUUGAGAACUUCUCCUCGAAGCAGUGGAAGUCUCACCUAUCUAGGGUGGUAAUUUUCAUAGAGACUGUGGGUUUUCUUAUACCGCUGCUCCUUAACGUUGCCUGCUCUGCAAUGGUUCUUCAGACUCUAAGGAGGCCACAGGCAGUCGCUCGAGGUGGGAAGCUUAACAAGACGAAGAUCUUGCGUAUGAUAAUGGUGCACCUUUUCAUCUUCUGCUUUUGUUUCAUUCCUUAUAACGUCAACCUCGUGUUUUACUCACUGGUGCGCACCAAGAUUUUGGAAGGCUGUGCAGCUGAAACUGUGGUCAGGACAAUUUAUCCGAUUGCCCUGUGCAUAGCUGUAACCAACUGUUGCUUUGAUCCUAUCGUGUACUAUUUUACCUCAGAAACUAUUCAAAACUCCAUAAGGAGGAAGUCACAAAUGGGCGAAAAAAACAGCAUGAAGUACUCUGAAGCAGUGCACUCAGAGACAAGCUCCAGUCUUAAUUUCAGCCUGAGGACCCUCACAAACAAAAUGUUCUUCAGUCCAUUGCAAGAGUCCAUGGCAUGAAGGGAUUUCAUGAUUCUUCUGGAUUAUAGUUGGAUAUUUGAUACACAUAGCAGCUCAGUUAAUGGCUAGAUGAAAUUGUCUCUACAGUAUUCAGGAAAAUGUGUAACUGUGUGUUUUAACAUUAUCGGACCAGUAAGUCGACUCUGUCCCUCUGACUGGUGCUUUUACAAUGCUGCAUGAUGUCAGUACAAUAAGUGUGUAAAUAAUAUUCAUUUAAAAUAAAGUAUUUAACUUCAGGAAGAGCUUUGUUAUUUUUUUUUUCCAGAUACAGGGAUUACAGUGGACUGUGAAUACUAAAGAGCAGGAUUACUUAACAAACAGACCUUUUUGCACUUAAAUUGAAUGUUUUAUAAACAAUAUAGCAUUUUGCCAGUACCAUGUAACAGUAUUUAAAAUGUAUAUUCAGUACAUGCAAAUGAUACCUGAAAUGGAUACAAUUAGCAGAACAGUUUUUAUGAGUUUUCUUAUUAAUGCAAUGGGAUUUAAAUGAUUUUUUAAUAGAAAAAAUGACUGAAACUUAAUAUCCUAUGUGUUAAUUCAUGAAGAGUCUCUGUUUUUUUUUUUUUUUUUUUUUGCACUUACAGUGUUAUUAUGCAUUGGCAUUAGCCCACAUUUUUGUUAUGCACUGUU